AUGGCAACCAACAACUUCCGCAAUGUGCCCAAAAACUUGAACGAAGAAGGCGCCUUCUGCCCCGGCGGUGCAACGCCGACCUUCAACCCACCCCAAACCUCAACAACAGCAAACUACCGCCUCAACCACCUCGCAAUCCGCAUAAAAGAUCCAACCCGCUCUCUGCACUUCUACGUCGACCUCCUCGGAAUGCGCGUCGUGUUCUCUAUGAAUGCCGGCCCCUUCACGAUCUACUAUCUCGGCCACCCGCCGCCCGGUACGGAGGAUUUGGAUACGUGGGCUAAAGAGACUAGUGAGAUUCCCGUCAUGACGCGGACGAGUGGGUUAUUGGAAUUGUACCAUGUUCACGGGACAGAGUCGAAGAGUGAUGAGAAUGAGGACGAUGGCGGAGGAGUAUCCAGCGGUAAUGUGCCGCCGAAUUUAGGCUUUGCGCAUUUGGGAUUCACAGUGCCGGAUGUUCCCGUCGCGGUGUUGAGAUUGAAGAGUGCUGGCGUGACGGUUCUGAAGGAUGUAGGUAUUUGCGAGAGGGGACAUGUUCCCUUGUCGGAGUGGGAAGCUGAGAGGGGUGUGGGUGUUGGGAAGAUUCAUCCCAAUUAUGCUUGGUUCUUUGAGAAAUUUGCCAUGGUGGUUGAUCCGGUGAGUUCUUUCUAUGCUCUCUUCCAAGUCUAA